AAGGUUGAGACACUCAGGAUGCUAUAGUAGCUUGCAAGUAGCAACGCCCAUCAUACAGUAACGAGCAAUUGUUCUUGCAGGCAGGCUGUACCGGUACUCUUACUUGUAACAUUGCAAGUGCAUUGGUACUUUCGCCAUGGCGACGGAGACUACCACACAACAAACUGGAUAUUUACAUCAUGAACUUUACUUCUGGCACAAUGCCGGUCAUCUACAGUCAUUUAGCAAAAGCAUCGAGCCAUGGAGACACUGGGAGAACCCGGAAACAAAGCGACGGUUUCAUAAUUUGGUUGCCGUGAGCGGCCUGAUGGACAAACUCGUUCACUUAAAGCCGCGCCCAGCGACCGAGGAAGAGCUUGCAAGGAUCCACUCCCUGGAUUACAUCCGGCGGGUGCGCACGAUGUCGGAGGACGACAGCAAGGGACACCACACCUGCGGCGAUGUGGCCACCUUUGCUCCCGGCGGCUACGAGCUAGCCCGGCUGUCCGCGGGUGGCGCCCUGGCGGCGGUGGAGGCGGUGGUGGCGGGCAGCGUGCGCAACGCGUACGCACUGGUGCGGCCGCCAGGCCACCAUGCGGAGCGGGACGAGGGCAUGGGCUUCUGCGUCUUCAACAACGUCGCACUCGCCGCCGCACACGCGCUGGGCCCGCUGGGGCUGGCCCGGGUGGCCAUUGUGGACUUUGACGUGCACCACGGCAACGGCACGCAGCACGCCUUCGAGGCCGACCCACGGGUCCUCUUCAUCAGCCUGCACCAGGACUCCAACUACCCACUGGGGUCCGGCGCCGUUACCGAGACGGGUGUGGGCCCCGGCGAGGCCACCACCAUCAAUGUCCCGCUGCCGCCUGGCUCCGGCUCCGGAGCCUACCGCGCCGCCUUCACUCGUGUGGUGCUGCCUGCGCUGUCCGCCUUCCGGCCGCAGCUGCUGCUGGUGUCGGCGGGGUACGACGCCUCGUACAUGGACAUGCUGGGCGCCAUGAUACUCAGCAGCGAGGACUUCCGCUGGAUGAUGGGCAGCCUCGUGUCCGCCUCCGCUGCGCUGUGCGGCGGGCGGCUGGUGGCGCUGCACGAGGGCGGCUACUCGGAGCUGUACGUGCCCUUCUGCGGGCUGGCGGCGCUGGAGGAGAUGAGCGGCGUGCGGACGGGGGUGCAGGACCCUUGGCUGGAGGAGGUGAGCCGCUGGGGCUACCAGGGGCUGCAGGCGCACCAGGAGGCGGUGGUGGCGGCGGCCGAGGGGGUCGUGGCGGCGCUGAGGGAGAAGAUGGAGCGGGAGGGGGGAGGGGCGGCGGGGGAGGAGGAGGAGGGCGGGAAGGUGGCGGGGAAGAGGAAGGCGAGGGAAGGAGAAGAGGAAGUGAAGGGAGGAUGAAGGCGAGGGAAGGCAUGGAGGGCGUCUAGGUCGUAGGAGUGUUGCGCACUGCUCACAGGAGUCCAGUGGAGGCAGCGGCCUGAGAGGCCUAAACAGGCACCAGGGUCAGCCUUGUUCACCAGGUUUUGUACAAGGGCGUUUACAAUUGACGUGUAGAUACCCUGACAGAGGAACGGUGCCUGGGAAACGGUGUCUUGUUGUAUGGGACCAGGCCGGAGACUGUAGCGCUUAAACAAG